GGCCGAACAAAGGUUUAAGAAGGGUUUAGCUUCAAGGCGGCUACUACUACUACUACUACUACAAAUAUUACUUUCUUUAUCUCUCUAUGAAUUCAAUUCCUUUUGUCCAAUUUCUUUUACAACCCAUUUCCUCUAAUCCCAUUACCAUCACAAUCCCACUCGAUCCCAUCGUUUUCAUUUUCCUCAAAAUUUGAUGUCCAUCAGUAAAACCCCAAUAUCCUCUGCGAUUCUCAGCAGCAAAAUCAAUCAUUUUCUUCCCUUUGGCAAAUCUACUAAUUUUCCACUAAACCCUUCAAGGAUUUCCACAGCCAUGUGGGGCAACAUUGGCAAGCGGUUCAUUUUGAAGCCCCAGAGCUUCGGCCUCAACUCCCACUCAAUAAGACGGGCUCAUAGUGUUCUGGGUCUUACCCAGGACCCCGUUUUCCCUGAGAAAUUUAAAUUUAGGCCCUCCGAGCUUAGCUCUUGCUCGAAUUACCGGUUUCCGGAAAUGGGUUUUCGUCAAAAUGGCGAAGUUUCGUCUCAUGAGGACUUUAUGGGGAGGCCAAGUUUUGGGUUUAAUGGGUUUUGUCCCAAAGGUUAUGCGAGCGUGGCCGAGGCUGAGGCCGAGGCCGAGGCGGUUUCAUCUACGGAUGUUGAGGAAGAUGUCUCGGCAGUGGAGGAGAUUCAAGAAUUGUUGCAGGAAAUGGGUAAAGAAGAGAAAAGGCAGGUUGGCUAUCGGCGUCGGAGGCGGCAUAAGGUGCUGAGGGGAAUGGGGGAAGGGAAGUAUCGGUUGCUUAGGAGGAGGCAGGUGAGGAUUGAGACCGAGGCGUGGGAACAGGCGGUGAAGGAGUAUAAGGAACUUUUGAUGGACAUGUGUGAGCAAAAGUUGGCUCCCAAUUUGCCGUAUAUGAAGUCGUUGUUUCUUGGUUGGUUUGAGCCUUUGCAGGACGCCAUUGAAAAGGAGCAAGACUUGUGCCGGAAAGGGAAGAACAGGGCAGCAUACGCUCCUUAUUUCGAUCAGUUGCCGGCUGAAAUGAUGUCGGUUAUCACAAUGCAUAAGUUGAUGGGGUUAUUGAUGGCAGGAGGUCAACAUGGGACUGCAAGGGUGGUACAUGCCGCUUGCAUGAUAGGUGAUGCCAUUGAGCAGGAGGUUAGAAUUCACAAGUUCUUGGAGAAAACAAAAAGGAAGAAGGGUGAUAAAGAGAAGGAAAAUGAAGGAGGUGACUCUGAUUCUGUUAUCAAGGAAGAAGAAAAGUUAAGAAAAAAGGUCACUAAGUUGAUGAAAAAGCAAAAGCUGCGAGCGGUAAGGCAUAUAGUGAAGGGAAAGGAUGAUUCAAAACCCUGGGGCCAGGACGCUAAGGCUAAGGUUGGGAGCCGUUUGAUUGAACUGCUGAUUGAAACAGCUUAUAUACAACCUCCAGCCAAUCAGUUAGCAGAUGGCCCACCUGAUAUUCGACCUGCAUUUGUACACUCUCUCAGAAACGAGAUGAAGGAAGGAAAGAAAACCAGUAGAAGAUGUGGAAUUAUUGAAUGUGACCCUCUAGUUCUCAAAGGUCUUGAGAGAACUGCAAGGCACAUGGUGAUUCCUUAUAUGCCAAUGUUGGUGCCCCCAAUCAAGUGGACAGGUUAUGACAAAGGAGGGCACUUGUUCUUGCCAUGCCAUGUCAUGCGCACUCAUGGAGCCAGACAACAACGUGAAGCAGUUAAGAGGGCCCCUUGGAAACAACUAGAACCUGUUUUCGAGGCCCUGGAUACUCUUGGAAAUACUAAAUGGAAGGUAAAUAAGAGGGUACUUAGUGUUGUAGAUAGACUAUGGGCUAGUGGAGGCCGUCUUGCUGAUUUGGUGGACCGCAAUGAUGUUCCUUUACCAGAUGAGCCAGAUACUGAAGACGAAGCUCAACUUAAGAAAUGGAAAUGGAAAGUCAAAUCUGUGAAGAAAGAGAACAGGGAGAGACAUUCACAGCGUUGUGACAUAGAACUUAAACUCGCCGUAGCACGAAAAAUGAAGGAUGAAGAAGGGUUUUUCUACCCACAUAACGUUGACUUUCGAGGUCGUGCAUACCCAAUGCAUCCGUACUUAAAUCAUCUUGGUUCAGAUCUAUGCCGGGGUAUUUUGGAAUUUGCAGAAGGACGCCCUCUUGGAAAGUCAGGCUUUCGAUGGUUAAAGAUACACUUAGCAAAUCUAUAUGCUGGUGGUGUGGACAAAUUAUCUCAUGAGGGUCGACUAGCAUUUAGUGAGAACCAUUUGGAUGAUAUAUUUGAUUCUGCAGACAGGCCACUUGAAGGCAGACAGUGGUGGCUGAAUGCAGAAGAUCCAUUUCAGUGCUUGGCUGUGUGUAUGAAUAUUACUGAGGCUUUGAGAAGUUCGUCCCCAGAGACCUUUAUUUCACAUAUUCCUGUACAUCAGGAUGGUUCAUGCAAUGGUUUACAGCACUAUGCUGCUCUCGGAAGAGACAAGUUGGGAGCAGCUUCCGUCAAUUUAGUUGCGGGAGAGAAGCCUGCAGAUGUUUACUCAGGAAUAGCUGCUAGAGUGUUAGAGAUCAUGCGGAGGGAUGCACAGAAAGAUCCUAGCAUUUUUCCAGAUGCAUUGCGUGCAAGAAUAUUGAUUAAUCAGGUGGACAGGAAAUUGGUGAAGCAAACAGUGAUGACAUCAGUCUAUGGUGUCACUUACAUCGGUGCUAGAGAACAGAUCAAGAGGAGGUUGAAGGAGCGCGGUGCAAUUGCAGAUGAUGUAGAGCUCUUUGGUGCUGCUUGUUAUGCUGCAAAGACCACCCUAACUGCCUUGGGGGAGAUGUUUGAAGCUGCACGCAGUAUCAUGAACUGGCUUGGUGAAUGUGCUAAAAUAAUUGCAUCUGAAAAUCAGCCAGUGCGGUGGACAACUCCACUUGGACUUCCUGUUGUGCAACCUUACCGCAAAUUGGGAAGGCAUCUUGUAAAAACCUCUCUUCAGGUUUUGACACUACAGCGAGAAACAGAAAAGGUUUUGGUCAAGCGUCAGAGGACAGCUUUCCCACCAAACUUUGUUCACUCCCUUGACGGUUCUCAUAUGAUGAUGACUGCAAUUGCCUGCAAAAAGGCAGGCAUGAACUUUGCAGGAGUUCAUGAUUCAUACUGGACGCAUGCAUGUGAUGUGGAUGAAAUGAGCAGGAUACUUAGAGAAAAGUUUGUUGAACUCUAUGAGACGCCAAUACUGGAGAAUUUAUUGGAAAGCUUUCAGCAGUCCUUUCCUUCGUUGUCUUUCCCUUCCUUACCUGAACGUGGAGACUUUGAUUUGAGGGACGUGUUAGAAUCAGCAUACUUCUUCAACUGAUGUGAUGUAGGGAUUACUCUUCAUCUAGGGCUACAGUGAUCCCAUGCCUCUGUAGACGUUUGCUAUCUGGCUGUUCUAUUUGUUUCUAUCCAUCAGCAUGGUUUGGAAAAGGAGGGUGUUUUAUCAAAAUCCCUUGUCGAGAAAUGCUGCACAGCCCUUGUAUAUAUUUGGGAAGACGUGUCCCUGGGCAUUAAGAAGCUUGCCGCAUGGUACGGUAUCUGAGCCUUGAACUUUUGAGCUUUCUAUGCCUCUGUACAGCCAUCAUGAACAUCAGUUUCUGAGUGUAUGUAUGCCAUGUGGGUUAAAAGCUUGUCUGAAGCUGAAUGAUAGGGCAAGAAAAUUCCAAAAAAGGAAGCUAGGAAAUUAAUGCAUAACCUGGCUGCUGCUUGACACAGUUUAGCAGACAAUACAUUUCAUCUCAUGCAUCAUUUGAAAGAUGCAAAGCUUCAUGAUGAUUGGAUUGAUUACAGAACCUGUCUGCACAUCUUUGACGUGAGAAAAUGCUAGAAGAUUAGGUUCCUAUGUUAGUUGCCAAUGCAAAAAUUGCUUUUGUUGUGGGAUACUUAUAAUCUUGUCCUGGCCCGCUUGUUAUACGUGUAUUCAUUUUUGUGUAAAUGUGAGAGCAAUAUUUACUUUAGCAUGUAAUAUACGGGAAUCCAAAUUUUGUAUCGAGUUUAUAGAAUGGCUUAAACCCUUUUGAAGGUUGAGAAA